CUUUGAGCUUUCGGCUGGGUAUCAUUGGACUGCGUGCGAUGAGAAGCUGCCGGCCGUGCCGAAUUGAAGAUGCCUGGCGAAAAUUCUCCGAUUGGUCGGUUUUUUUGAAAAUUAAAUAAACCGACCAAUCGAAACAUUUUCGCCAGGCAGCUUCAUUUUAGCACGGCCCGGCAGCUUGUUUUCGCACUCAGUCCAUUAUGUAGAAAUGGUCUUCUACGCUGAAAAGUGAAAACAGAAGUAUACAGUUGUUGGCAACAUAAGAUGCCUGCCAAAUGGGAGGAAAAGAUUGCUAACCGGUGACUUGGAUGAUUUAGUGCAAAUGCAGGAAAGCGUCACCCGCUCCGGUGAUAUAUCCCAACUUCGUGGAACUGUACGCUACAUGUCACCGGAGAUGUUGAGAAAGUUCUGUCACUUCCACGCUGAAUUUCCAGGAAGAAAAACCGAUAUGUGGAGUUUGGGAUGCAUCAUACUAGAGAUAGCCGAAUAUUAUGUGUACAAAAAGGCUGGGCAACUAUACGAAAAAGAUGGAAAAAUCCUUAACGUUAGAAGUAUUGCUACUGAAGUGUAUUUUGCCUCGUUAAUAAUAUAUAACUAUGUACCCUUCAUCAGUUCGGACAUACCAGCACGUUUGGCGGCGUAUGCCCGCUUGUGCUUGAAGCAAAAUCCCAAAAAGCGGAUAUCUGCCAAAGGUCUGCUGCAAGAGUUUGCAGUUUCUAGCCUCGAUAUAUUUGCAAGCAACACCUUAAUCGGCAAUAUCCGCAUGUUAAGUUUUGACCCAGUAACAAGCCAAAUGCAAGCUCGUGAACUCGGAGUACCACGGGAUUUGCCACUGAGGUUAUGCGACUUUCAGCUAAGCAUUCCGAAAAGGGAACUGAUAUCCCGAACUAUCACUAGCGACAGGAAAAACGAAUUUUUUCUAUGCGAUCUAUCUCGGGGAAGGUGGCGUUCGAUGCGGUUAAAUAACGAUAUCAAAGGGGCUCCUUCACGCUUCCGCAUUCCCGUAGUAAUCGACGACAUGAUCUAUUAUUUUCGGGAUAUCGACCUUAAACAUGGCCAUGAACUUGUGGCAAAAAAUAUGCGCAACGGCAGCGUCAAGCUUAUGCGCAAGCCCGUUGUUCAAUGGUUUAACGUUUCGGCAGUAGCUGAGUUUGGGCAGAAAAUAUUAUACGCUCACAACAAAUAAAUGUCUGACCGGGCUGGAGCUGUACGAUCCUCUGUCCGACGAAUGGACGUUUUUAUCACAUCUCCCACAACGCUGCCAGCUUAGUAUGGCUGUUGUGAACGGCUACGUGUACAUCUUGGGUGGCACGAUUAAAGAAGGCUCGUCCCCAUGGUCGUGGGACGCUACAGCCGGCUGUAUCCGCUUGAACGUCAAGACUGCCACCUGGGAGAAUAUACAUUUAUUUCAACAACCAAGAUACGGACAUUCCGCUCGUGUUGUGAACGACAGGAUAUACGUAUGCGGCGGCAGAAAUGACGCCGGUAAUCGUAAUCACGCACUUUCCCUAGAAGUUUACGAUAGUGUUCGAGCGGAAGCCUGGACGACUGUCGUAUUAUCGGCACAAGACCAGAAAUUACUGCGGAACAUGACACAAUUUGGAGUGUCCAUCGGAAUGAAAUAGCCAGCCAGUUCAACUGAAUUACCUAGCAAAUAUACAUAGCAUUUUUUGGAACUUCAGGAAAAUUCUGCUCAGUACUUCGAUGGUUUCCUCAGUAGACACGCUACUGUAUGCUAGAUGGCUGUUUUGAUUUUGCUAAAAGCCCUAGUAAAAGGCACCCACCACAUAAAAUUCUUGCAAUGUACACAGAAAACAAAGUGUCCAUUUGAAUGCAUAUAUUAGAUUUUAAUUGCUGAGAAUGCUCUUCUAGAACACA